GUUUUACCUAUAAACAAAUUACCACGGUGAAUAUUAGCCUUAAAAAAAGAGAAAGAAUUACGUAAAGUUGAAAAAUCAAGCGAAUCAUCAGAGUCUAAGGAUAAGGUACCGAUAGAUAAAGAAAACGUUUGGGUGUAUUGAGAGAGUGAUUUUGUAAAUUUGGCUUUCGAAAAUCGAAAAUCGAAAACGAUAACCUACAACAAUGUUAGCUUCUUCGCUCUCAUUCCUUCAUUCUUGCACAUUUCCCUCUUCUUCUUCCUCUUCGUUGUUCACAAUUCCAUCUCCGAAUCCCAAUUCUCCGUCUUCAUUAUCCUUUGUGGUUGAAGCCAAAUCAACUACCCGAAGGGAAGACAGAACUGCUCGUCAUGUUCGUAUCAGGAAGAAGGUUGAUGGAACAACCGAAAGACCAAGAUUGUCUGUCUUCCGAUCCAACAAGCAUCUCUUUGUCCAGGUAAUUGAUGACACCAAGAUGCAUACACUUGCUUCAGCUUCCACAAUGCAGAAGACAAUUGCGGAAGAGUUCAACUACACUUCUGGCCCUACAAUUGAAGUAGCAAAGAGGGUGGGUGAGAUCAUUGCAAAAUCCUGUCUGGAGAAGGGAAUCACAAAAGUAGCCUUUGACCGUGGUGGUUACCCGUACCAUGGCCGUGUUAAAGCUAUCGCUGAUGCGGCUCGCGAACAUGGCCUGGAGUUCUAAAAUCAGCACCCUCUUUGUAUUUCAUGUUUGAUUUUGUAACUCAAGAACUUAACCAAUUUUUUAACGACAUUUCCUCGCUUCCAAGUGACUUUUGAUGGCUCAA